AUGACCAAUUCUUCGGCAGAUGGAGUGCCGGGUGACGGAUUGGAUGUGACGGGAAAUCUGACUUUGUUCCAAUCAUUCUCUCAAAUUCCUGCAGACUUGUGGAAACACCAAGAUCUUCUCAUUAUCCAGACCAAGGUUGUUUGCGCCGCUCUUGGAUGUAUUUAUCUCGGAGCACAUGCUUCUCUGCGACGUCCGCCUAGCGCAAGCCCACCACCCAAGAAGUCGAAAUCAGGAAAGACAAAGAAAGAUGAGGAUCAGGAUGACCAGUUCGUGCAGGGGCUUGUUGCCUCGGAUGCCAUCAUGUUUCCCAUCAUGGCCGGCACGGUUCUCGUUGGUCUUUACUAUCUGAUCAAAUGGCUAGAAGAUCCUGCCAUCAUUAGCAAGAUAAUGGGCAUCUAUUUCUCAGUCAUGUCGCUCGGCAGUAUAGCCAAAAUGGCUGCUGAUUCACUUCACUUCAUCACUGGAUUCAUCUUUCCUGAGGUGUGGAAGUCGACAAGUGGCACCUUGUACCACUUUGACAACUCCCGCAAGUGCCUAUAUACGCUCAGCGAGUCUGGUGAGCGUAUAUACGACAACUCAAAACAAUCACCAUUUCCCGGUGUGUUGAGCUUUGUUGGCCUGACGGAGCAGAGACGCAACACGUUCUGGGAGCUCCGCCACCUAUUCUAUGAGCACUGGACAAUCCGCAUCGGCAUGCAUGGAAUCGGGAAGCAAAAGUUCCAGGUCAAGCUCAAUGACGUCCUCGGAGCAUUCUUGGCCAUCGGCGCAAGCAUCCUUUACCAAACCACCAAGUCGAACUUCCUGUCAAAUGUCAUGGGCUAUGCAUUCUCCUACGUCGGAGUCAUUACACUCUCCCCCACUACCUUUACCAUUGGUAGUUCUGUUUUGUUCGGCCUGUUUUUCUACGAUAUCUACAUGGUUUUCUACACUCCAUACAUGGUGACCGUUGCCACAAAACUUGAUGUCCCCAUCAAGCUAGUUUUCCAGUCAAACAAGCAAUCCAGCAUGCUCGGACUUGGUGAUAUAGUUGUUCCGGGUAUCUUUAUUGGUCUUUGCCUCCGUUUCGAUCACUUCUUACAUUACUACCGCCAGCAGAAGUUGAUUCCCGUUGAACUGGAGACUGAAGCUACCUCAGAGGAUGGCCAGAUCUCAACCAAGAAGGAAACGCAGCGUAUUGUCCACAAACCUGUGUACGUCAAUCCCCAGGGCCAGUGGGGCAAUACGUUUUGGGGCAACUCGAGUGCCACUCCCGCCACAAAGGCCGCUGGCUUCAAGAAGACAUACUUCACGGCUGCCAUGGUAGGCUACCUGUUAGCCAUGGUGAUGACGUUGGCUAUGCUGUUGAUAUUCAAGCACGCCCAGCCUGCGCUUCUGUAUCUUGUCCCUGGCGUCGUAUCAGCGGUGUGGAUCACAGGUCUUGUCCGUGGCGAGCUCCGCGAAAUGUGGAUUUAUACUGAGGAUGGUACUCUGGAUAAACAAGACGUUGUUGUUGAAGUUGAUGGAAACGGAAACGUGAUCAAGGAGAUUGAAGAAUCGAAAGCCGACCAAGACGAAGUAAAGAAAAAGGACAGUGAUGCGGCCAAGGCAUUGGUGGACAAGCAAGGCGAAGAUGCAGCCGAUGAGAAGUCCAAGUCCUCUGAGUCUACCAAGAAGUCACGAUCGAGGACUGUCUUUGUGUUUUCCAUCGAGGCGCCGCCUUCGCCUGCAGAAGUAGAGGCAUCAAGCUAA